UGUGUCUAUUGGAAGAGACACGGCAUCACUGCUGGAUGUAAAGGGACCCAAGUCAGAGUUGAGUCUCCGCAGCUCCUCACAGCUCCAGACCUCCUAGAUUUCCAGAGGCCCUCCCACCAGCCCUCCUCCUCACCACAACACAGACAGUGACACUGGCUGGAGCAGGAGAAGCACUGUCAAUGCAGACUGGCGACACAGCAGGACUGAGACCCUCCACUGCUUUGGACCAUUACCCCUGUCUGCCUCAGACCUUCACACAUGGACUUCAACAAAAGACUCAUUGUUACCUGGAUGGUGGCUCUACUGCCAGGGCUCUGCAGUUCGUUCAACAUUGACACAAAGAGGCCCAAGAUCAUCCGUGGCUCCUCGGAGGCCCAGUUUGGCUACACUGUGCAACAGCACGAAGCCAAUGGGCAGAAAUGGCUUCUGGUCGGUGCCCCAUGGGACGGACCGGGGAAGAAGAAGACGGGCGAUGUGUACCGGUGUCCGGUGAGAAACCAGACCAGUUUUGGCUGCGGGAAACUCAACCUAGGAAGAGUAUCGCUACCCUUUGUGUCUGAGCACAAGGAUGACAUGAGGCUUGGCAUGACUUUAACCAGCAAUCCUGAGGACAACAGUUUUGUGACCUGCGGCCCGCUCUGGUCUCACGAGUGUGGGAGUUCCUACUACAGCACCGGCCUCUGCUGCAAGAUCAGCUCCAACUUCAAGAGUGCCCGUGCCUUCGCUCCCGCCAUCCAGCGGUGUGAGACUUACAUGGACAUUGUGAUAGUCCUGGACGGUUCCAACAGCAUCUACCCCUGGUACGAGGUGCAGACCUUCCUCAUCAGCAUCCUCAAGAAAUUCUACAUUGGACCAGGCCAGAUCCGGCUGGGGAUUGUACAGUACGGGGAGACUGCUGUGCACGAGUUUGAGCUGCGGGAUUACACGUCUGUGUCUGGCGUGGUGAAAGCCGCCAGGAGCAUUGAGCAGCGCGGAGGCACCGAGACCAACACUGCACAUGGCAUCGAAAUAGCUCGCUCUGAGGCCUUCAGCACCAGUCGGGGAGCGAGGGAGGGAGCCAAGAAAGUGAUGAUUGUGAUCACGGAUGGGGAAUCCCAUGACAGCCCCCACCUGAAGAAAGUGAUCGAGAACAGUGAGAGGGACAACAUCACCAGAUACUCCAUCGCGGUGCUGGGGUACUAUAACAGGAGAGGUAUAAACCCCACCCACUUCCUGAAGGAGAUCAAGUCGAUCGCCAGCGAGCCCUGGGACAAGCACUUCUUCAACGUCUCAGACGAGGCCGCCCUGAAAGAUAUUGUGGACGCGCUCGGAGCCAGGAUCUUCAGCCUGGAAGGAACCAAUGUGCAGAACGAAACCUCCUUUCAGCUGGAGAUGUCACAAGCCGGAUUUUCAACUCACGUGGUCGAGGACGGGAUACUGCUGGGGGCAGUGGGUGCAUAUGACUGGACGGGCGCGGUGCUGAAGCAGACCAGCCAGGGCCGUGUCAUCCCCCCCAAGGACGCCUACGCACAGGAGUUCCCUGAGGAGCUGAAGAACCACGGGGCUUACCUGGGCUACACCAUUAAUUCGGUGACCCUCGCGCCAAAGAGGAGGUGGUAUGUGGCCGGAGCGCCCAGGUUCAACCACACGGGGAAGGUGGUGCUGUUUACAAUGAAGAACAACGGGAGCGUGACCAUCCGGCAGUCACUGAAAGGACAGCAGAUCGGGUCGUACUUUGGAAGUGAAAUAAACUCUCUGGAUGUGGACGCUGAUGGAGUGACGGACAUUCUGCUGGUCGGGGCCCCCAUGUACUUCAGCAACGGCAGAGAGAAAGGACGGAUUUACAUCUACGCCCUCAAGAAGAAUACCUUUGCCUUCGACAACGUUCUGGAAGUUACCGACCGAUCCCAGAACUCUCGCUUCGGCUCCGCCAUCGCCGCGGUCCCCGAUCUCAACCACGACUUCUACAACGACCUGGUGGUGGGGGCGCCGCUGGAGGACGAGAAUCGCGGGGUCAUCUACGUGUUUCACGGACUCGAAAGAAACAUCCAGCGGAACUACAAACAGAGAAUCUCGGCGAGGGAGAUCGGGCCAGCGAUCCUGUAUUUUGGCCGCAGUAUCCACGGGCAGCUGGACAUGAACGAUGACGGGCUGGUGGACCUGGCGGUGGGGGCACUGGGCAGAGCCAUCCAGCUGUGGUCCCGCAGUAUCAUCCAGGUCAACGCCAGCAUGAGGUUCGAACCCCCUAAAAUCAACAUCUUCAACAAGGACUGCAAGAGGAACGGCAAGGAGUGCAGCUGUAUGUCAGUGCUGAUCUGCUUCACCAUCACAGCCAAGUCUCCCGGACUGCUGAACGACAGCCUCGUUAUUCAGUACAACACCACGAUCGAUGAGCGCAGGUACACACCUCGCGCCCUGUUUGACGAAAACUUUGAGAAAAACGUCCACAACAACAUCACCGUGGUGCCCGAGCUGGAGACGUGCGACCAGAUCAGCUUCCACGUGCUGGACACGAUGGAUUAUGUGAGACCAAUUGGGUUUAUAUUGGACUUCAUGCUUUCAGACCCCGACUAUGGCCCAGUGCUGGACGACGGCUGGCCCACCACAGUGAAGACCUCGCUCGGCUUCUGGAGCGAUUGUGGAGAGGACGAGCACUGUGUGCCUGACCUGCUGCUGCGAGUCCAGAGCAAUGUUCACGGCUCCAGCCAAUUCCCCUUCAGUAUAGAGAGCAGCAGGAGGCGGCUGGUGCUGGAGGUGUGGUUGGAAAACCGACGAGAGAAUGCGUACAACACGGUGCUGAAUGCCACCUUCUCCAGGAACCUGCGAUUCGCCACAAUGGUGCAGCGGGAUGACAGUGACGCUAAAAUCGAUUGCUUGAAUCUGGAAAAGGGGCAAAGAAACAAACUGUGCACUGUGGGGUACCCAGUCUUCAGAUCCCAAUCCAGGGUCGCUUUCCGCUUGGAGUUCGAGUUCAGCCAUUCCGUCUUCCUGGGUACCGUGGAGGUGGUGCUGACAACCAGCAGCGACGGUGAUGAAGCAGAAGAGACUCUGGCUGACAACACCUUCCACCUGUGGGUGCCAGUGCGAUAUGAAGCUGAUCUCCUGCUCACAAGGGAGUCCAACCCAAUGCAUUUCGAGGUGCAAUCCACUCAUGACCCGGACACCGGCGACGACCGCGAUCCUCCAUUCAACUUCACCUUCACGCUGCAGAAUAUGGGCCGCUUUCCGGUGGGACGGCUGUUGGUGACAGUGACGGUCCCGGCCAUGACUGAGGCCAACAACCUGCUGCUACUCCUGACUGACAACACCACCGACCCUGUGGACGGGAUGCGGUGCAGUCUGAUCAACCACCCGGACAUACAGCGAUGGCACCUUGGUGCCCGAGACACUACCCUCGAGGACCUCAGACACCACGAGAAGCUGGACGCCAGCAAUGCCAAGUGUACUUCACUGCUGUGUGAGGUGGCGGAUUUGGGCGCCAGUGAAAUGUACAGCAUCCACAUCUUUGGCCGGUUACAAAUGGACUCGCUUACAGCACUGAAGUUCCGGUCGCUGCUGCUUGUAACCACUGCCUCACUGGAGAUCAAGGAACCGAGGCCCAUGUUCAUCCGGGAAGACAGGAGAAGCCGGCACAUUGCUCUGCGAAUCACUGGCCAGUAUGAGUCCGAGGUCCCGCUCUGGAUUAUCAUUGGGAGCUUGUUAGGGGGUUUGCUGCUGCUGGCUCUCCUCAUUCUGGCUCUGUGGAAGUUGGGCUUUUUCCAAAGUGCCCACCACAAGAGGAAGCAGUCACUCACGGAUCAGAACAGCUCAACAGCUCAGAGUUAACCCAGUGCUGGGGCCGUACCUUCAACUCUCUUACACCACAACAACGCUGAACAAGAGGGUGUGAGCUCACUACAGAGCCCCAGCAGGUGGCUGACUGGCCAGAGGUCACCUCGGAUCAGUUCAGCACCACGGCUCCUGCCGGUCACUGUUUAUUACUAUUAUAGACUGUCUCAGCACACUUUAGUCAGGCUUAUAAGGUGCAAUAUGCUUUAAUUCCCGAUAGCUAGUAUCCUUGCUAGCACACACACACAGCCACCUCUGCCCUGUCCCGGUAGAGGAAUGGCCUCAGGUGUAGAGUGAUUCCCAAAUAAUUUCCACAUUUGAAAACCUGAUCGGUCAUUUCGCUGUGUUUAAAAUGUGGUGAGGUUCAGUCACAGUGUAACCAGGGAACAGGUGAGGGGGUCAGGCAGUCACAGUGUACCUGAGGCCUGACCGGAAGCUGCAGGGGGUUUUCCUGGUUGCUGACAAGGUGUCGAGCCCUUUUUACAGCAAAGUUCUCACAGAGACGUUCGACUGCUUUUCCUUCUCCGCUGCGACACGUUCCCAACAGCCAGACGGGGUUGGACCUGGGCUGAGACAGACGCCUUUUCCAAGCCUCUUGCUCAGCCCUCUCCUCCUGCUCUGGUGGGACGCAGGGUCUGAGUUACUCCCCUCACCCCCCACCCCACCCCGCACUGUUAAGUAGCAAAAAGCUGAGUUGCAGCUCCAGGAUCAUCGCACAAAUCACUCACGGAGAUCGACAUCGCAUAGCCCAGACUUACACUGCAAAGGCAGUGUGUACUUUGCACCCGAAUACUUCUAAACAGUGUAUAAAUCAAACCCCCCCCCCCCC